CACGUCACGUCAGUCAGUUCAUCAGUACUUGUAUUUCCAAAUAUCCAAAAUAAAUUGAUCGAAUGAAACAAAUCUUUGUUUAUUGUAUGGAAGGUUGAUUUAUUAUUUCAUUCGUCUCUUAAAAUGGAUACAUACGAGAGUGUGUUACUCGUAAAAAAUGAAGUUUUUGUUUUUAAAAUACCCCCUAAAACUACAAACAGAGGAUAUAGGGCAGCAGAUUGGAACCUGCAAGAGCCACAAUGGACUGGGCGCAUGAGGCUGGUUUCGAAGGGGGAGGAUUUGGUAAUGAAGUUGGAAGAUAAAACAUCUGGCCAGCUUUUUGCUAAAUGCCCCAUCGAUAAAUAUCCGGGGGUGGCUCUCGAAUCUGUGACGGACAGCUCGCGUUACUUUGUUGUCAAGAUUCAGGAUGAUAAUGGUCGCAGUGCUUACAUUGGACUAGGAUUCGGUGACAGGUCUGACUCGUUUGACCUUAAUGUGGCCCUUCAAGACCAUUUCAAAUGGCUAAGAAAAGAACAGGAAGGCCCUGCUGCCCCCGCACAGCAACUAGACCUUGGCUUCAAGGAUGGGGAAACAAUUAAGAUCAACAUGAAAAUUACUAAAAAAGACGGGUCCGAUGCGAAGCCCCGGCGCGGCGUCGGCGCAGCGCCGGGCGGCGGGCUGCUGCCGCCCCCGCCCGGCGCCGGCGCCUCGCGCCUGCCGCCGCCGCCCUCGCCGCAGCACGCGCCCGCGCCCGCGUCCGCGUCCGCGUCCGCGUCCGCCGGCUCCGAGUGGGGCGAUUACAACUCUGCUAGUGCUCCGAGCCAACAGGCGACGACUCCAGCGAGCCAACAGAACUGGGUUCAAUUUUGAGUUUGUACAUAGAGUAUCUUAUUGUGAUUUGAUGUCUGUAAGUGUAGAGUGAAUGUGUUCUGCACAAUACUUAUUAAUAUACUUAAUAGUGUAGAAUUCAUAUCGACCAGGGGGGUUACCAUGACGUACUAAAGACGUUCAGUUUAGGUUGAGAGAAAGGGACACAGCUAUAGCAGUUACA